GGGAAACGACUAGAGGUUACCAACAGGGUGCAUGGAGAGUAAAGUGGAAGCUGGUCUCUCUCGUCCGUCGGAAACCGCUGAAAGAAGGGGGGUAGUGAAGAGCCCCGAGUUAGGAGCUAGGCUAAGUAGGGUGGUGGAAGAAAUGACCGAGGGAACGGAAACGGUGGAUAGGGCCAAGAGGGGUCCAGAAACAGCUUUAGGAGAAAGACAGGCCUCGGAGGGGCAAAGAGCUAGCGCGGAAGUGCGGGUGCACAGGGAUGUGGGGCCGCGGGUGCCGGAAAACGAAGGGAUCGUCGAAGCCGCGUGGGGCGUUCCAGUCGAGUCCCUGUGGGCGGACCUAGUGGACGCAGAGGCAAGGGCAAGGGAAGCACCGAAAUUUCCUAAAGAUAGGCCGGGAUAUCGACCACCUAGGGAAGAGGAAGAAGAGGGUCCGGAUAGAAGGGAUUUAAGAGAGGGGAGGUCGGCGGAGGUCGGUGGCAGGCCACGGAGAUGGGUCGAAAGGAUCCUGGAGACCGUCUCCGUUGAGAGGCAGGCUUUGGCAGGACAAAGAGCUGGCGCGGGGAUGCGAAUACCAGCGAGAGAAGGGGUGGUUGAGGGCUCGAGGGGCCUUUCUAUAGAGUCUCGGUGGGCGGAUAUACCGGAUGCGAGAAUGGGAGAGGCUCUAGAAUUUUCGAGGGAUAGGGCAGGGUACAGGCCACCCAGGAGGGAAGAGGAAGGGGGACCGAGUAGAAGGGACCUUAGAGAUGAGAGGUCGGCGGAGGCUGGCAGUAGGCCACGGAGGUGGGCCGAAAGGGAAUCGGAUGCUGCAUGGGCUCCCGAAGAGGUAACGGGGGGGAGUCAGGGAGUGGAUGCCUGGAGAGGCUUUAGGGGGCAGGACCAUCCUCGGUGGGAGACGGAGUGGCCGAAUGAGAGGAGCCGCUACGGGGAAGACCCCUGGGGACCGCCAAGACCCCGGUCACAGACGGAGGAGCCUGAUCCCUCUUGGUACAAGCCGUACGACCCGACGAUCGAUGGGCCCAUGGAGGGACCCUAUUUCCGCCGAUACGACGACCGACAAGUGCCCUACUACGACGUCAACCUAGGUUUGGAGGCGCUUUUCUUCGACGGACGAGACGUGACGGGAUUCGUAGAGAAAUGGAAAAGUUAUGCUUACCGAAAGACCAUUUCAUCCAACACUCUGACCCGGAGCCAGGAUAGAAUGGGGGAGGCGACGAUAUCGGAGGAAGAGAUUGUCGAUAUCAUCCAGGAAAGGAAGGAGACUGAAGGGAAAAUAAUUACGGCCGAUCGGUUGGCCAAGAUGGAUAUAGGGGAUGGCAACCUCACAAGAGAAGAGAGGGAGUUCGUGGCCAUGACCUUGCAAGGCUGCGAUAAGGCCAUAGCGUUCGAUGACUCCGAGAGGGGGAGGAUCGACCCGAGGUACGCUAAGCCGGCCUGGAUCCACACGAUUCUGCACGUACCUUGGAAGGAUAGGCCCCAGUGGAAAUAUGCUCAAAAGGAGAAGGAGGAGAUAGUGGUUUUUAUCAAGGAAAAGAUCAGGACGUUUGUCGCAGAGCCUUGUGAGAGUGCUUACUCCAAUAAGUGGUUCUUUCUGAGAAACGGGAGCAACAACAAACUGAGGUGGAUUCAAGACCUCCAAAGGACCAAUGCGGUCACUAUAAGGGACGUGGGAUCCAUACCUGAGGUGGACCUACUUGCGGAAGGGUCGGCAAGUUGCUCAAUAUACUCGAUCUACGACCUCUUCUCGGGGUAUGACGAGAUCCCCUUGGACUAUCGAGACAGGCACAUGACCGCUAUGCAUACACCUCUAAGGUUGGUCCAAAUGAUGGUGGUGCCGAUGGGAUGGACGAAUGGUGUGGCGGUGUUCCAGAGGGCAAUGAUUGCGGUCCUCAAGGAGUUCAUACCUGAGAAGGUGGAGGUCUUCCUUGAUGACUUCCCGAUAAAAGGGUCGGUCGAACGGGAUGAGACGGAGGUCUUUUCAGGGGUAAGAAAGUUCGUAGUAGACCACAUGAGCGAUGUCAAGGAGGUCCCUGAGAAAUUGGACGAUGCCAACCUUACGGUGAGCGGAACUAAGAGUCGAUGGGGCGUGUCGAUGGGGCGUGUCGUCCAUCAAGAUAUUGGGUUUCAUUUGCGACAAGGGUGGGCGGAGGCCCGAUCCCGAGAAGUUGGAGAAGUUGAUGACUUGGCCGUCGCCGCUUAGGUCGAUAACGGAGGUAAGACAGUUUCUAGGGGUAGUGGGCUACUGGAGAAACUUUAUAAAAGCCUACGGUGAG